CCGGAAGUUGUCCAAACAACAGACAAGAUGUUGACACGCUUUGAUGUCGUGCGUGUUGACCUUUGACCUGCUGCUAUCACGUGUUUCCUGCUAUGUGGAAGCCUUGGAUGAACUUUGACUCCUUGUGCGUGGCUGAGAGUUUGGUGUUCCUCCACCGGGCGGCGCCGCGACAGUUAAAGUGACUUUCCAUGGGGCAACUUAAGAACAGUUGUUGCCUGGCAACCUCAGCUGUGUACUAAGCAUGGACUGGAGAGGUCGCCCUCACAGGCACGAGCAGGGUCCUCCAGGGCCCCAGCACCAUUACUGGACUCGGCACUACAGCGGUCCUGUCCAGAACCUGGAGACCCCCCUGGAUCAGCAGCAACCCCCCAGCAGGCGAGGAUACGACUACCCGGCGUACGCUCCGUGGGACUACGGCGCCACCUACGCGUACCAUGACCACUACAACGCAGACCACCACGCCUCCUGGUGGCCUCAGGAGUCCUGGGGGGCACAGCCAAACUCCUACAGUCAUUCCAAAAGGGCGUCAUGUGACCUCAGAGACCAAGCGGAGCGUGCGUCCAAAGACUCCUUAGAAGCUUCCACAGCUUCAGGAUUGUGGUGCAGCAGCAACGAGCUGGGUCAGUACAUCAACGGGGGCCAACAAGUGGACUCAGGCAAGUGGCACGGUCAAACGUGUUCGCCACGCGGCGGCCAUCUUGACUGGAAGUCUGCGCCCCACACAGGUCCCAGUUGCCCGGCGGCUCCUCUCAAGUUCUGCAGCCCUCACGCCGUGGCCAGCUUUGGACCCGCGGGUCAGCUGGUGAGGGUGACGCCCGGGCGCUGGGCACAAGACCACCUGAGCCACGUGGAGAUUCACAGUCUGGAGGUCCUCCUGAGCAAGACCCAGGAACAGCAGGAGAUGAGGAACUUUCCAGGACCUUUAACUCGGGAGGGCUUGCACAAAGUGGACGCCAUUGACUUUGCCCGCCAGAGGGCGCUAGCCUGCAGCAAAGAUGACGACGUGCAGGACAGGAGCUCUGCUGCCCUCUUGUGGAACAUCCUGGUAUUGCUGUGCAGGCAGAACGGCCAAAUAGUCGGCUCCGAUGUGGCGGAGCUGCUGAUGGCGGGAUGGCGCUCGGACGGAAGCGUCGCGCCCGCCGAUGUGGCGCUUAUCGACUUCAGUGAGGACAAUGUCGCCCAGGCGCCUCCGAGCCUGGGAGACGACCUCCUGACGGGAAGCUGGAGUGCGGAGAUGUCUAAGAAAAGUCUGCACGGCUACACUCAGCUGCUAUUGGCCGGGAGGAAGAAGGAGGCUCUCGAGUCGGCUAUGGGCGGCGGCCUGUGGGGACACGCCCUCUUCCUAGCCAGCAAAAUGGACGCGAGGUCCUACACCACCGUGCUGGACAGGUUCACCGGGCAGGUGAGCGCCGCCGACCCGCUCCAGACCCUCUUCCAGCUGCUGUCAGGCAGGAUCCCAGCCGUCGCCACGUGCUUUGGCGGUCUCGACCGGGCCAACUGGCGUCCUCACCUGGCCGUGAUGCUGUCCAACGAGACAGGAGACCCCACCCUCCGGCGGCGAGCCGUGGUCGCCAUGGGAGACACGCUAGCCUCCCGAGGCCUGCUGCACGCCGCCCACGUCUGCUACCUGACGAGCGGCGUUCCUUUCGGCGCCUUCGGCGAGACGACGGCCAGGAUGGUCCUGCUGGGCCGUAGCCACAAGGACACCUUUCGGCGCUUCGCCUCCGACGCCGCCAUCCGCCGCACCGAAAUAUACGAGUACUGCCGGACGCUCGGCGCCAAACACUUUUCCAUCCCGUCCUUCCAGGUCUUCAAGUUUCUGUACGCAACUCGUCUUCUGGAUUGUGGACUGGCUUGUCCGGCGUUCCACUACUGCGAGGUUGUGGGCCGGACCCUCCUCACGCAGCCAGGAGGCUUCCGUGUUCUGACGGAGGAGCUCAUCAAGCUGGCCGAGCGCCUCACACACAUAGAAGGUCCAAUCAGUGCGGAGCCAAGAUGGCUGACAGAACUGCGGUCCAGACUCCAUCGUUUACUGGCGAGUUCACUUUUAUUGGAUGACUUUCUUUAUUACAUUUGAAUGCAUGAAACUACCUUUUCUCAUUGAAAAGACUUUCUAGU